AUGGAUACCACAUUUUAUGCAAAUCUCCGCCGCCACAAACCCUCCCCACAGGAACCCCUUGCAUCACAGCCGUCGCACAGAAGGUUAUCCAAACGGCUAUUGCAUUUCUUCAAUCAAAAGUCCCCGAAUGACUCUCAGUCUCCUCAAGCUCCAAAAAGAAGCUCCUCAACUCCAUCGGACACCAGCGACAGCUCUGGUGAUGGCGUGGUGAUUUACAGCGACGCCGACUACACUAGGAUUGACGAGGAUCACCAAGCGGUGAUACUCGACUCUGAACCAGCAGUUUUGAGGUUCCUGGACCGAAUUGCACAGAGGCUCAGAUUGGAGUUGGACCUAUAUAGCAACGAUGGCCACAAAGCCCAUGGAUCUAGCCAGAAACGCCACGCAGACAACCAGAAUCAAGGAAGCCGCGAAGAGAAGAAACAGAAGCAAGUUGAAGGAUUUCGAAAUACCCGAGAUGGACGUGGAGGCGGGAAGAAAAACGGCGGGGGAAAUGGUGGAAAGCAACCUCCAGACGGCCACAGAUACCCUGUCCCGCCCCCGCACACUGGCCCCCAGAAGAACCCCCCUUUCGCAUGUCCCUUCCACAAGUUCGAUCCGGCCCGCUACGAUUGCUGCAGCAGUGUCCGGCCAAAACGCCCCUGUGAUGUCUCCCUACAUAUUAGGAGAUGCCAUUUGCUGGAGGACGUCAAGCAGAAGACUGCCAACGCUGAACCUGCAGACAACGUUGAACUUGUAGGCAAUGCUGAAGCUGAGGAACAAGUUGCUUUCUACUGCUCAAAGUGUCGCAUGGAAUUCUUUGGCACUACCGCCGAGGCCAAUCUUCGACAGCAUCUGCCAUGUCAAACGCCUCAGCCAGCGACGAUCGAACAGACCGGGGUGCUGCUACCUGCAGAGUUUAAUCAGCUUAAUGCUGCGCGUACCAAGGCGUCUGGCGACAUUUCUAAGUGGAAUGCCAUGUGGAAGACGUGCUUUCCAGACAAACCUGUCCCGAAAUCACCAUACUUUGCUCUUCCUGGUCAAGAGGCGGUGACUGUUCUACCAGAGGUUCAAGUUGAGACACCUGUUCCUCGCUCGCAGGCCGGAGAGAUCAUCCGCCGAGCUCUGAAAGAUUGCCCUUCCCACUUCAUUUUCACUCAAGGCGAGACUGAUACGAUCGUUGACCAGGCCUUGAAUGGAAUUUACCCAGGCGAACCAAAGACGAGCACAGAUACCCGUUUGGAGGUCCAACAGAGGCAGACGCCCCAACGGCAAAUAUCCCAGCAGCAGACAUCACAACAGCCAUUCAAUGGUGCUGCCACUUCCAGUGUCUUUGAACCCUCUGCCGUUCCCGCCGCUCCCCAAGCCUAUCCACCAUCCCAUCAACUGUACCACAAUCCUUCUGCCCCUGCACCCUUUGCCCCCACUUCUCAAGUGGCUACCCAAACCGUUCCCCCACCAGGCCCUCUCAGCAACACCCAGACCCCGCAGUCUUACUAUGGUGCUCCUUUCGUUGAUCCUACGGCCCUCACUCUGCCCCCUCAGCAUAGCCCUCAGUUGUCACCUCCAGCGGCGGAUGUUGGAACAGGCCCUCCUGUAGCUUUUCGCUCAGCGCCUGGACCUGUAGCGUCAGAGACCUCGCCCACAUCUUAUAACUCUUCCCUUUAUGGCCGUGGCCUCGGUGGCACUGGGUUCUCUGUACCCAAUCAAAACGGUGCUGACGUGUCUGGCUUCCCUUCUCUUGAAUGCAAUGGUUUCCCCACGAACAAUGGCUUGAACAAUGAUGGCUUUCGAUGGUGGAGCGAUAAUGGUUAUCAAGACCCUAGUCGGAGGUAUGGUUUAUGA